CUUUCUUCUUGUCGCUUUCGCAAUGUCAGUUAACAAAAUGAUUUGUUUAUACAACAAGUAUAGCUUUCCUUGCUCCUAAAGUUGCCAAUUAUUGACGCUUGAAGAUCACUCAACAUCCUCGUCGGAAAAUCGGAGCUUCCGGCGUCCGUUCCGCUUCAGCAACACUAUCUCUCUCAAAGUUACUAGAGACUAGACGCUCUGAAGGUCCCGUGGCCGUGGAUGCGAAUCGAUGGCCGGGGUUGAGGAAGAAGGCGAGGUGGCGGCCCUGCGGGAGGCCCUGAGGCAGCAGGUGCAGGCCGUGGAGGAGCUGCGGGCGGAGCUGGAGGAGGAGCGGCAGGCGGCGGCGUCAGGAGCCGAUGAGGCACUGGCUAUGAUCCUGCGUCUGCAGGCGGAGAAGGCGGCGGAGCGUAUGGAGGCGGAGCAGUUCCACCGGGUGGCCAAGGAGCGGAUCCAGUAUGAUGAGGACACGCUGGCUUUCCUCAGGGCCGUCGUCUUCCACCAGGAGAUGGAGAUCAGCUCGCUCAACCGCAGGCUGCUCGCCGUCCACGCCACCGGGGACGAUCCCCUUUCGCCGGCAGUCGAUCUCCCCUGGCUGAGGAAGCUGGCCAAGAGCGGCGUGGCGUCCAGGAGGAACGCGUCCCUCCCGGCGGCACACCUGGAGGAGCUCUGCUCGGAGCUCGACGUCGUCGUCGACACGGACGCCGACAAGAAGAGGGUGGGCGACCGGAGGCCAGCAAGGACGGUCUCGGACAUCGGCGAGGUGAUCAGCAGGGAGAAGGAGUGGGCGACGAGACCCAAUCAGACGGCGCCAACGCCCAGGCUGUACCGGUCGGCCUCACACUCCCACGGCCUCCCCCGGCGCGCGACGUGCUGCUCCGCGCAGUGUGGCGUGCGCUCCGCAGGCCGGGCCUCGCCAGAGAUCAUCGCCGAGGAAGACGAGAAAUCGUGCAAGAGCAACGCCGCACUGGAAGCCGACAUCGAGCAGAUCAAGGCCACCGUGCUGUCUCUCCACACCGACCUCACAAAGCUAAGAGAAUCCACCUUGUCCAUGGCAGACGCACAUUCCCAGAUACUAGCCGAGAUCCACGCAAAGCUCGACGGCGUCACGCCGCGGCGACAGACGAACUUCGAACCAAGGUCUGAGCUGCUGCUGAAGAAGGCCACCAGAGGAGGCAGCAGCAACAGUUCUUCGUCUUCCAAGGAGCAGAGCUACCAAUACCAGUGGCAGGCUGACGUGCUGAUGAACCAUUUCAUUGAGGUACGUGGUCUCACCUUCUCUGCUACUACCGUUGUUAGACCUCUGAUGAAGGCCGCUGCAUCCAUGUCACUGUUUAGGUGCCUCUUGAUUUUGGGCUUGGCCGUCGCGAUUAGAAAAGUUUUGAUUAACUCCUAACGUGUAAGCAAUGCCAUGGUCAGUUCUGUCAGUGCAAAAUUUGUUUUUGCUGUUUUUAUUAGCUCUUUAUUUAAUCAGGCAUUGUAAUAAUAAUAUAUAGCAUCUCUUCUGAGAUGAACGAAAGGUGAAACAAUAAUUUGCGGCCUUUUUUUACCUCAUCGUUAUUAUUAUGUUACUUAAGAAACAUUCGGUAGCAUGCCAAAUCAAUGCACGACUGCUUGUUUGAAACCUGUUUUUCCUAUAAUGCACACGAUACGUGAGCCAACGAAGGAUUUUCAUUAUUUUUGAUCAUACGGGAUUUUUAUUAUUGUUUUUGUAGAUGGAUUUUAAUUGUUGUUAGCUUCAGGCUAUGAGGUAAUUGGCUUUUGGGUUGUUGGAUUGCGUCUUCUGAAUUAUCUGUCUCAACAGGCAGUGAUGUGCAUAACGUGAGAACUGAAGAUCUAAACGAUAUCUAUUGGUGGUGAAGAUUUUCAGGUGUGAGUAAAAGAUUGAUUAUUGCUAAAUUCUUUUUUUUAACCCUCUGUUGGCAUAUACAGCCAUCAGCCGUGAGACAAAAUCCCAUGUAUAAUGCUGUUAUUAUGACAAGAAAGAUAUAGUUUAUGUAAAGUUAUUGACGAUAAUUUGUAAAGGUCUUUAAUUAAAUAGAAAUGGUGAUAUUAUUGUUACUAUA